GGAUUUUAGAGGUGAUGGGGAGGCCAUAGCAAUGCGGCCACGACCAUGGCGGCCACAGCCAUGGCCGUGGCUAUGUGUUCUUGUUCCCAGUUUUUUUUUUCAGGCUCUCAUGGUCAGCUCGCAUGGCUGAAUGAGACUGGCCAGCUCGCGGCCAGUCCAUGGCUGAAGGGAUUGGCAAGCUGGCCAUGGCUGAAUGAGGCACGAGGGCGUGGCGAACGGGUGUGGGAGCAUGUUCUUCAAUCUUCCUUUUCUCUUUUUGUGCUUGAUCUUGGGUGAUACUUUUCCAAGAAAAUAUCUAGAUAUUUUUCAGCGGCAAGGGUUAAACGUGACUACAUCUAGCGGUGGAUCUGAGACUCUGGUUAGACGGCAUGGUGUGGCGGCGGCUGUUAGGAGUUAUCGGUGGAUCUGCCCGCGGAUGCAGCACACUCGCGGAAGCUCGAGUCCGAGCUCGUGCUCGUGUUCGUACUCCUGCUCCUCCUCUCAAGCUCGUCUAUGAUAACACCACCACCUCCUUGUUCCUCUUCUCCGAUAUCUGCUACAACCGGGAGUUCACUGCAUAUGGCUGCCCCGACACGACGUUGCUCGAUCACCUGAGCUACGCUCAUGGAAACAUCUGUCCCAAGAAGCGUCGUACACACGCAAAUGCCCUUUACUGGGGAGCGCCUUGGAGCAUUCCAGCCUACGUGUAUGACAACGAGAUGGAGCCUUCAAUGACGCCGCUGGAACCAUGCCAGAUCAGGAGCAUCGAAGCCGUGGGCUGCAUCUCCACAUUCGAGCUCGGCCUGCGGUGGCAAGGCCCUCCUGCGCAAUUCGUGAUCGAUGAAACUCUAGGAAAGCUCGAUGCUAAACAAGUCCUCGUCUAUAAGGAAGCGGAUUCCAUCUGGCGAAAUCGGGUCUCCACCGGCUACAUCCUUCUGGCGGUUCCCACCAAGGCAUUGGAGUAUGGAGCUCUGGACUGGGUUGUCAACUACGAGGACUACCGGGGCAUGCCAAUGACAAUGUCGGCCAGGAAGGUCAUCCAGGCGUCUCGUGACCGCAGACAGGAUCCUGUCAAGGAGCUGAACGCUGUGGACGCGAUCGGGAUCAGAAAGUGCGGUGUGGUGGAUCUCCGCGGCAUUGGCGUCAAUAGAAAGAUGGGCCUCUUUUUCUCCGAAGAUGCUCUACGUGACGUGCUGCCGAGUGGGUCUGGUGCCAAGCUUGUCCCUGCUAAGGCACUCUUUGACGAUGGUCUUUGGGACACGCUUGGUGUCCAGGACAUGGUGGCCAAGGAUGCGGCCGUAUGUGACAUAAUGCAUUCUCAGGGCAUAACAGAGAUGGUGCUGCUCAAGUCGCAGGUUGAAAAUUCUGAGGGUACAAAGUUGGUCGAGCCAAAAUCAGAGAUAAAUCACUCUCUUGUCAAACCAGAAUCUCAGUUGGCAAUGCAAAAUGCCAGCUUCACAUUCCCUGCCUUACACUAAUUGGCGAUGCAAUGUUUAGGUAAGCAAAAACUUUAAAUUUUAAAUUUAGUGCCUAUAGAGUGAAGACAAGAAGAAUGGGCGUACGGACGUGUCUCCAGAUUGAGAACAUGGCGAUAUUUCUUUUUCUUGUCGGUGCUAACUGAAUCCUCUUGAUCGCUGGGUGAAGCGUGGCUGAAUGAGGUGGCAUUUCCAGAAUUAGGGUCUCGCAAGGGUGGAGAGAAACUGGAUUGCGGGUCUUGGAGCAACGUUAGGGUACGCGCUUGGAGCAAAGGCAGGAGCAGCAUGGGUGGGCUGUGGUGUUGCAGCUAGAUGCCAUGCUUGGCGUUUGAGUAGCCGUAGGGAGGAAUUGGGUGCCAUUGCGUGUGCAGUUGGAGCUGCAUGGGCCACGGUGAGGGCAUGAAUCAUGCCAUAGCAGGGCUGGACGACUUGUGUGUCGAUCACUGGGUCAUUUCUUGGGGCAGUGGAACAUGCUGGCUGAGCUGAGUGCUGUCACUUAACUCGAGCUGGUGUAGGGCUUGGGCAUUCGCUGGGAUAAUGUCUAUAUCCCUUGCAACGAGUACACCAAAUAUUCUCACGUUCAGUAAAAGGCUGAGGUAGUGUUUGGACUCCUUGAAUCCAGUUAAGCUGAAGCUUGAACAUUUUCUUGGUGAGUGUUUCCAAGUCAUCACGUACUUUGGAAAUUUCUUGCGACUGUGGCAGAGCUGAAAAGGAAGUAACUGUGGCAGGAAGUACAGGCUGCUGGAGGCAACUGUACUCAACACUUCCAGGAAAAGGGAGGGAAAGGUUGGCGGGAUCACUGGAGGACCACAAGCACUGAAGGAACGGAGUAGAAAGGCUGCUGGAAGCGAGCCAUGCUCACAUGGGCUUGCUCCCAACUGGAAGCUGUGGAAAUAGCCUCAGCAAGUGUGGUGGGGGUCUGGCCCUUCGUGAAGAAAGCCAAUUCGGGAGGCAGGCCGUUCGUGAAGAAGCGAACCUGAUAGGAGGGUCCUUUUUAGCGACUAGCCGCCGAAACCGGAUGAUAAACUUUGUAAGCUUUCGUUUGGCAGCAAUCGAAUGUAGUUAAGUUCCUCACUAA